GACAGUGUCAUCAUGACUCUCCCAUGGCUUAUACUGCUUCUUCUUCAUCAAGGAUAUACUUUAGUUCCUGUCACCACAGUCCAGCUUGGGGAACCUGUCACUUUGACAUGUGUUGUGACUGAGACGUUUGAAGUCAUGACAUGGAUUCAUUGGUACAAGCAGAGUGCUGGAAAUACUCUGGAACUAAUUGCAGUGUUGUGUAAAAGUACAAACUCAACCUACGGACCUGGAUUUUCACCCUCAAGAUUCAAAAUAACAUAUAAUGAUAACAAAAGCAUUAUGAUGAUUUUGUCAACAGUGGAACAAGAUGAGGGGAUGUAUCACUGCGCUCAUAUUGGCUGGACUAAAUCUGCUUGGAGUGGGACCUAUUUAUCAUUAAGAGGAAACUCUCAGAGAACAUCAAGCUACAAUGUUGUUCAGGAGCGAGCGGUUUCUGAUCCCCCCAACCCAACAGAAAAAGAAACUCUACAGUGUUCAAUUCUGUCGGACUCUGAGAACACAACUUGUUCAGGAGAACCCACUGUGUUCUGGUUCAGAGCCAGAUCAGAUACAUCCUAUCCAGACAUCAUCUACACUGUGGGAAAUACACAGGAACAUUGUGGAAAGACAAACAAUCAGAAAAAAUGUAGUUACACCUUCUCUAAUGAUGUCAGCACCUCUGAAGCAGACACCUAUUAUUGUGCUGUAGCUACAUGUGGAGAGAUAAUAUUUGGAAAUGGACCAAAAAGGGUAACAAGCAAUGAAGAUAAUAGACCUGAAAGGAUUGUUCUCUUGAUCACCUUAAUCGCUUUGGCCAUUUCUGGAACCAUGAAUAUCAUUUUAAUUUGCUGUCGAUCUCAAAGAUCAGCAUGUGCCCGAUUUAAAGAACAUUCCUCUUCAGUUCCUCCUCAACCAAAUCACAGGGACUCAAGCCAACCAAUGGAUAAGAGUGAAAAUGAACAGGAUCUAAAUUAUGCUGCCUUGCAUUUCUCUGGAAUGAAGAAACAAAAAGAAAAGAAGAAAAGAGAACUAAAAACUGAAGAAAGUGUUUAUUCACAAGUUUUACAUGAACAUGCUAAAUGAUAUCAGAAUCAGACAGACAUAACUUAAUCUGGAUUUUUGUAGAACCCAGAGAAUGUUAAUUACACAGAUACUGCAAAUGCUCAGUUGGAUCCCUCUACCUAAGGAUCAACUUCUAAACUUAUUGCAAAAAAAUUUCAAAAAGUUUUUCAUGUGCUUUCUUUUUUUCCUACUCUCCUGAUUUGUAAAUGUUAAUAUUCUUUAAUCUACUUUAAUUUACAGUUUAAAAUUAACAUGUGCUAAAAUCUGUGUACCUAGCUAGCAUAUGGUUUUCUUUCAUAGCUGACAGCUUGGGGACAGCAACUGUCUUCAAUCUGUCAACCCACUCAAAAUUCAAAGUUGUGUAUCUGCAGUGCUAGAUGUGCAAGUCCUAAGCAUAUCAAGCACACAAUUACUUUUACUUGUGCCCGAACUGUGAGUCUGACAAAUGGAGCAUAAAUAGGGUUGCUUGGUUAGGCUAUUAUCAUUUAUGUACUAUAAUUCUCAUCAUAUCAUAAUUUUUUAAAGAGAAUUUAAGAAAUAGUUAAGAUGUCUGUACUUA